CCCGCGGCCUCCCUAGGCCGGCCAGCCUCCCGCCUGCCUCCUGCCCGCCUGCCUGCGCCGCCUUCCUCCGCCACCCUCCCCGAGGCAGCCCAUGGCCGGACUCUGCUCGGCGCGGCUGCAGGGCGAAGCGGCCGCCUUCACCAGCGCCCUCCGCACCCUGGUCAACAACCCCCAGUUCAGCGACGUCACCUUUGUGGUGGGCCGGGAGCAGCAGAAGGUGUUUGCGCACCGCUGCGUGCUGGCGUGCCGCUGCCAGGCUUUCCGGGGGAUGUUCAGCCAGGGGCCGGUGGGCAGCGAGGACCCCCCUGGCAGCAUCCCACCCCAAGGCCCCUUCAUCCUGGGCAACGUGCAGCCUGAGGUCUUCCUGGCCGUCAUCGAGUUCCUCUACACCAACAGUGUCACCCUCAACAGCCACAUCGCUCUGGAGGUGCUGACCUCGUCAGUGGAGUAUGGUCUACAGGACCUGUGCAAGCUCUGCGUCAAGUUCAUCAAGGACACGCUGAGCGUGGAGCAGGUCUGCGAGGCUCUGCAGGCUGCGGUGACCUACGGGCAGGCAGACCUCCAGCAGCACUGCCUGGCCUUCAUCGAGGGCUGCACUGCGGCGGUGGUGCGGACGCAGGGCUUCCAUGAGCUCUCCGACGCGGUGCUGGUGCAGGUGCUGCGCAGCGACCGCCUGGCCGUCGACGAGUUGGACCUGGUGCAGGCUGUGCGGGAGUGGGCGCACGUCAGCUCGGCCGUCUUGGAGCGCCCAGUGCCCGAGGUGGCCGCCCUGCCCGUGCGGGAGCUGCGCCUGCCCUUGCUGGCACCCAGCGAGCUGGCGACGCUGGAGAGCCACAACCAGCGGGACCUGCUCAUCCCGGUGGAGAGCAUCGCGGCAGCAUGGCGAGCCCAUGCGCUGAGGAAGGGCAGUGGGGUGCCCUCCCGCCUCUGCCGGCCCCGGCGCGGGACGCGGCCCCGCGACCACCACCGUCACCUGGACCCACACGCCAAGUAGGGGCCGGGCACCGAGGUACCCCCCAGCCUGACCGGGGGGCUCGGGCAGCGGCAGUGUACCCCCUGGCCGGGUGCUCUGCAGUGGGGCAGGCUGUGGGGCUGGGCACUGCCCGAGGAGCCGCCGCAGCCAAGAGCAUCAAUAAAGCCCUUUGCCCCACGCCACGGCUUCGGGGUCAGGGCAGGAUGCCCAGAUCACCCCAAAAAAGGGGUCAAGGGAUUUGGUGGGGGGGCCGUAGGGGGUUGCAACUGGGCCAUGGGGUGGGUGCGAGGACGCCCAGGCACACAGCCCGGGCCGUGACCCCAGGGGUGGCAGGGCUGCAGGGUCCCUUGAGGGACGGGGGCACAGGGUGAGCCCCCCCGGCCCUUUCCCAGCCCCAAAGCUCCCCCCCCGCAGCCGGGCCCUGUGCUGGGGCCCUUCCUCAGCGCCGUGCUGCCCCCCCCCGGCAGCGGGGCUGCGCUGCAGCAGGCAGCGAGCGCUGGCACCGGCCGGCGCAGGGGGACAACCCCCUCCCCAUGGCAGAGGUGGGGAAGGGGCUGAGCAGAAUGGGGAGCCCCCAGCCCCAUGCCCAUGGGGUGGCUGCAGGAGCCCUAAGAGGGGGGGGCAAGUGGGAGGGGAGACCCCGACAUCUCUGUACCCACCCAGCAGCCCCAGAACCCUGCCCCACACCCUCCCUGCCAGCAGCCCCCAGCCCCUCGUAGUCCCGGGGCGGGGGGACAGGCUGCCGGCCCCUCCGUGUGCCACACACCUCUCCACAGCGUGCAACCCUCCCCCCCCCGCCAUUGUGUGUGUGCACACAGCUGGGGCUGUCUCAACCAUCCCCCCC